GGAAAAAUCAGGUCAGUAGGGGACCAGUCAGUCGGCUUCUGCCCGGUCGUUGGGGACGUGAUAUAACAUAACUUGUACAGAACAAAAUAUAAUCAUGCUGCUUCGCAAAGUGACUCAGUCUUCCGCAUUGUGUGGCACCAUUCUCAGGAUUCCUCCCGUUGUGUCUGGAGGUCAGCGGCAGACCAGGGCUGUGGUUGGUGUGCAAAGCUCCCGUCUUUACGCAAGCCAAGCUGCACAGGCGGUGCUGGAGAAGCCAGCAGCAGUCGGCAGUGAAACUGCCACUAAAGUGGAAAAGAAGACAGUUGCUGAUGAAUCCAAAUCAUUUGCUGUCAACAUUUUCAAGGGGCAGAUUGUGACUCCCCAAGUGUUUCCCUUCCCCUCAGCCCUCAAUGAGGAGCAGGAGCAGUUCCUCCGAGAGCUUGUGGGGCCUGUCGGCAAAUUUUUUGAGGAGGUGAAUGAUCCUGCCAAGAACGAUGCCUUGGAGAAGGUGGAGGAUCACACCAUGGAGGGCCUGAAGGAGAUGGGUGCCUUUGGCCUACAGGUGCCAGCUGACCUGGGCGGCCUCGGCCUCUCAAACACACAGUAUGCCCGGUUGGUCGAGAUCGUUGGCAGCCAUGAUCUGGGCGUUGGCAUCACUCUGGGAGCGCACCAGUCAAUUGGCUUCAAGGGGAUCCUGCUUUUUGGGAAUCCAGCACAGAAGGAGAAGUACCUGCCUAAGCUUGCUACAGGUGAGCAUGUAGCCGCCUUCUGUCUGACUGAACCAGCCAGCGGCUCUGAUGCCGCCUCUAUCAAGACCACGGCUGUUCAGUCCCCCUGCGGACAAUAUUUCACUCUCAGUGGAAGCAAGAUCUGGAUCAGCAAUGGAGGCCUGGCUGAGAUCUUCACUGUCUUUGCCAAGACACCCAUGAAGGAUCCCAAGACUGGGGAGAUGAAGGACAAGAUCACAGCCUUCGUCGUGGAGAGGAGCUUCGGAGGAGUGACACAUGGCCCUCCAGAGAAGAAGAUGGGCAUCAAGGCGUCCAACACGGCCGAGGUCUACUUUGAUAAUGUUCGCGUGCCAGCCGACUGUGUGCUGGGCGAGGUGGGUGGAGGUUUCAAGGUCGCCAUGAACAUCCUGAACAAUGGGCGAUUUGGCAUGGCAGCCGCCCUUUCUGGAACCAUGAAGGGAGUCAUCACCAAAGCUGUGGAUCACGCAGCCAACAGAACCCAGUUUGGGAGCAAGAUCCACAACUACGGGGCCAUCCAGGAGAAGAUGGCGCGCAUGGCGAUGCUGCACUACGUCACUGAGUCAAUGGCCUACAUGAUCAGCGGCAACAUGGACAGUGGAGCGACUGAGUUCCAGAUAGAAGCUGCCAUCAGCAAAAUCUUUGCCUCUGAAGCGGCGUGGACUGUGACUGAUGAGUGUAUACAGGUUAUGGGCGGCAUGGGUUUCAUGAAGGACUCUGGAGUAGAGAGAGUAAUGAGGGAUCUGAGGAUUUUCCGAAUCUUCGAGGGCACCAAUGACAUCCUGAGGCUCUUUGUGGCCCUUAAUGGUUUCCAGAAUGCUGGUAACCAGUUGAAGGGUUUACAGAAAGCCCUGAAGAACCCGAUCGGCAACGCUGGGCUGCUUGCUGGAGAAAUCACCAAGAGAGCCAAAAGGAAGGCAGGUUUGGGCACAGGCCUGACACUGCAGGGAACCGUACAUCCUGAGCUGGCACACAGCGGGGACCUGACAGUUAAAGCCAUCGAACAGUUUGGAGCCGUCGUUGAGGAACUGCUUAUAAAACAUGGCAAGAAGAUCAUUGAUGAGCAGUUUGUGCUGAAGAGAGUCGCGGACUGUGCCAUUGACCUGUACGCCAUGGUGGUCGUCCUGUCCCGGGCUUCACGCUCUCUGAGUCAGGGCAAUGCCUCAGCUCAGCACGAAAAGAUGCUGUGUGAGAGCUGGUGUAUGGAGGCCUAUGAGAGGGUCACACGCGACAUCAAGACUCUGCAAUCCAGCGACUCCAGGCGGCUCUUCAAGAACCUGCGCUCCAUCUCUACAGCCAUGGUGGAGAACGGCGGAGUGGUUUCUCCUCACCCCCUGGGUUUCUAAACGCACCACACUCCCUUUUUCUUUUUUUUUUUUUAUUUCAUUUCCCUCCAUCUCUCACCAGAUUCUGGGUAAUCCGCACCAAGUUCCCUCAGACUGAUCAACUUUUAUUGCUCCAUCACACAUCAGUGGUAAAUGGUAAAAUGGCUGCAUUUUUAAAGCGCUCGCUCACUCACACACUGGUGGCAGCGAGCUAUCAUGCAAAAGGGGGUGAUCUGACUAUCAGGAGCAAUUUGGGGUUCAGUGUCUCGCCCCCCAAAGAUAGUGUGACAUGUGGACGGCCCACUCUGCCUCCUGAGCAAUUCAAUCCGUUCUCUAUAGCCCCUUUUACACUGGACAGAAAAUCCGCCAACACCCACUAACAUCUGGCUUUUGUCGUCACAGUGAAAAGGGUACAAUCGGGAUUCAGUCCCGGGUCAAAUGACUCUGCAGUGGUCACGGCCAAUUAUCGGCUCCAGCUCUGAUGGGCAGUGAUGUAAAAAUGACACCCCGGUGAACACGCUCACAUGGGGCGCCCCUUUUCUGCACUGUGGCGCCUUUUCAGAACUUUAAGAUUAAGCAUUCUUGUAGUGAUCAGCGAUUGCAACCUAGGGCUGAUAUGAUUCAUAUCUUUUACCAAGGAAUCAAAAUUUGAAACUUAUGGGUUCGUUAUAAUGCGUUAUCUUGAUUGUUAUCAGCUUUGGUCUCUUUGCGAACCUGUAUUUCUGUCAUUUAUUGAUUUCAUUCCAACUAACAACCUCUAGAAAUUGGGCUGAAGUUUUUAUCAAUAUGACGUAAAAAAAAAAAAAAAAUUUUUUAUCGGACAAUAGGUACAAAAAAUCCACAGAUUUUUCAACCCUACUACCUGAAGAACCACUGAUGACAGAAUGUCUCGAAUGUGUGCAUGGAGCUUUUAAAUGCACCAUUUACUUUAUCUCUCUGCCUUCAUAACUGCAACUGAUUGAAAGGUUUCAUCAUUUGUUCUGCUGAAACGUGAAGUUGUGGUGUUAUUUUUGUCUGAUGACUAAACGUAAGAACAACAACAACAACAAUGCAACUUAAAGAGGCCAGUGAAUAGUAUUGAACUAAUGUGUUUUAAGCAGUUUAAUUUAUAUACAAAGGAAUUUUAAAGGACAGAUUUUGCCUUUGAAUUUGUACACUUAUCUACAUUGUGUUCGGAUGUACAGUAUAUAUAAUGGUGUGGUGUUUAUGUGCUUUAAUGCCUUUCUGCAUGUUGAUUAAACUCACUUGGUGCUCAUCACAGACGCAUUAAAUAUCAGGAGCAAAGCCUUUGCCUUACAAACCGGUCCACAGAUGCUGUUUGAAGUUCCUGCUAUGACUUGAGUCAAGCACAAGAUGUGCAGGUCUCAUUCUCUACUCUUUACUAAUGCCUGUCACGUUAGUUUCGAAAGACGGAGUGUUUGUUUUCUCUGCUAAAGGUAGCAGGCAUCAUUAACUGUAAAUAACUGCUCAGACUUAGGGUUUUUGACUGACUGUACGGCUUCCAUUAAACUUAAGAUAUCUGCAAGUUUGUGACAAGGAGUGCUGCUGUUACAUAUGAUGAUUGUCUCAGCUGUUUUGUUGGAGUUGCAAUGUUUGUGCAGAUUUGCUUUGAGCUUUUUGGUUUUAACAACACAAUUCUAUUGGGAAUAACAAAUAAAGAACCUAUUGAUCUGGCUGUC